AUGAGAGCUACUUUCUACCAACUCGUGGUUCUAAGUCUUGGACUUGUCGCCAUCGCUGCCCCUCUAGGCAAUUUUGAUGGCGAUGAAUAUGUCAGAUGGCCUGACAACGGCGUCGAUGAGAAUGGGCUCCUCGUUGCAGCUUACGAAGACUCGAACACUACUUAG